CAGGCGCAACAACCGCAGGAAUCCGUCGCCGCUCGCAUCCAGCGCACCGCCAUCUCGGCCUUUACCCUCGUGCGCUUCUUCCGCGGCCUGUCGCUCGUCGUCUACCCGCGCUUCGGCCUGUACGCCCUCGACGUGCCCUCAGAUGGCUCCUCGUGCAUGCUCGCGAGCCUCAUCGGCGUGCGCGACAUCCUGCUCGCCGGCCUGCUGCACACGGCCGACGUGACGAGCGCGCUGGAGGGCGAUGCGUACGCGCGCCGCGAGCUCAGCCGCGCGCUGGCCGUCGGGCUGCUGAGCGAUGCCGUCGACGCCUUCGUGCUGAUCUUCUACGCCGCGUGGUCCGACGACUGGGGCAACCCGAUGACCGUCAUCAUCGUCACGGCCGUCAUCGCCAUCCUGGAGCACCUGACGCUGUGGAGCCUGAGUGAGGACGAGUGGGAGGCCAUGGAGCACCGCAGCCUCGAGGACGACAAGGUGUCGCGCAUGAAUGCCUGGCUGCGGGAGCUGGCCCGCUACGAGCAGGCGAGGCCCGAGUCGUCGCGCGGCUCUGUCCGCCAGCAGGGC